AUGGAGAACGGGCGUCGAUAUCAUGCCUACAAGGAAGGCACAUACUAUCUACCAAAUGAUGAGGACGAGAGUUUUCGACUAGGACUUCAACACCACACUUAUACCCUGACCUACGAUGGCGAGCUAUACCUCUGCCCCGCUGGCAGGGACCAACCCGUAUCCCGAGUCCUCGACUGCGGGACCGGGACAGGCCUAUGGGCUAUCGACUUUGGUCUCGAACUAGCGGACGAGAACCCCGAGGCGACUGUCAUCGGUGUUGACCUCAGUCCUACACAACCCCCUUUGCUGCUGCUGAUAAAAGUUCUCCUUGCCCACAGUGUCCCUCCAAACGUCAGUUUUUACGUCGACGACCUCGAAGAGAACUGGAUCUAUACCACACCAUUCGACUUUGUCCACGCCCGUAUGCUCACGGGCGCCCUCAAGAGUUGGCCGAGGCUCUUUGAGCAGAGCUACGAGAAUUUGGUUCCCGGAGGCUGGCUGGAGGUCUCCGACAUCACCCUCCCCGUACGCUGCGACGACGACACCUUCCGCGAGGAUUCCGACCUGGCAAAGUGGUCCGGCCUGAUGCUGGAGGCUUCGCACAUCCUCGAUAGCCCCCUCGACAGCGCGUACUCGUACCAAAAGCAGCUCCAAGACGCCGGUUUCAUCAAUGUCGUGGAGCGGAGAUUCAAGUGGCCUCACAACCACUGGCCCAAGGCGAGAAAAUACAAAGAGAUUGGAGACGGCGUGUCUGGCCUCAGCUUGGCCCUGUUUACGAGAGGCCUGGGCUGGACGGCGGAAGACGUGGAGAUCUUCCUCGCGGGAGUGAGGAAGGACAUGAAAGACGUGCGCAUGCAUACCUACUACUGCGUAAUCACGGUGUAUGGUCAAAAGCCCUACGAUACAGAUCCUCUUUCCCAGACAGAGACCGGCUCUUCGCCACCUCCGGAGCCCCAGCCCGACGAGUAA